AUGGCUGAAGAUACUACAGAAUCAUAUGCAACUAUGUCACUGGGUGAGGACAAGAGAAUUGUGGUUCAUUCCCACAUUUCUAUGCCUUCCCCUGGCACAGCAAAUGCAUCUUGGUUUGACAGCAGAGAUGCUACCCUGUUUAUUGAAAGGUUUUAUCAGAUGUGCAAGAAUCAUAGGACCUUGGAAGACUACAAAGAAGGUAAUUGGGAAGUAUUCUCCAAAGAGAUUAUUCAUGAAUUUCAUAAUCAAGACAUCACUUACAAGAUUCACCAUCAGAAUUACCUCCAGGCAAUUACAAAGAAACCAUGUGCUUGGGAUGGCAACAUUCACACCUAUGUUCAAGAAUACACUACUAUUGCCAGUACAGUUCAAGCAAAUGGAAGACUUGAUGAAUUCACUAAGGUGUCUUGGUUCCUUCAAGAGCUACCUGAGAAGCUCUGGAAUAAGGUUAUUGACAAGGCCAAGCUCAAUCUUUCAGACAAUAUGUCGCCUAUUGAUUUUAGGAAAGUUGUUCAGGUGACCAUGGAUUUGAUCAACCAGUAUAAAGAGAAUAAGAAGAUCUUUGAAGAAGAUGAAAUGAAACAAAAGAAAAUAGAGAAGCUUGGUGAGCAAUAUCAAUUGGCUAACAAGCCCCCUACAGUUGAAGCUCCAAAGAAAACAGCUAGUUUUGUGAAGACUGAAGAAUCCAAAUCAAAAGCCAAAGCCAAGGGCUCUGACAGCAUCAAUAUUGAAGCUGCUAUUGAAAAGAUAACCAACAAGUUCACAAAUUUGGCAUUGGCCAUGAGAGUACAAUCAAAUCAGAUACAAGGAAAUUCCAAUCAGUAUUAUAUGCUGCAGAGAGAAGGACCUCCAAAACCUAUACCAAAUUAUCCAACAAAUGUGACUGUUAAUCCUACAACUGUACAAGAGAAUACUCAACUGCCAGUCAACCCCUAUUUGGCUCAAAAUGGCUCUCCUAUAACAGGCUAUAGUAGUGCUUAUGGACAAGAAGAAGCUCAAACUGGAGGAAUUUUGACACAUCCCUCAUGCUUCUACUGUGGAAAACCUGGACAUUGUUAA